AAAUUUGGUCCAAAUAUUAUUAUUAUUCAUUAGUUUCAUAAUUUCUUAACCCGGCAAAAGUCAUCGUCUCUUUUCUUUAGAAUCGGAGAGAUAGAUUAGGGCUACAGAAAGAAACUGUAAAACUAGAAGGAAGCCACGUCCAAGUUUUACAGCUGAUACAAUUUUCGCUUGCGCGCAGAGCAGCAACACUCGCAUCAGAAGUUUAGGGUUUGCGGGAUGAGUCACCGAGGAAUGGGCCGUGACGACGACGACGACGACGACGAGGAGUACGAGGAGGAGGAGCAGGUUGCCGACUUCGACGAAGAAGUGGACGAGGAGGAAGAGGAUAAUAGAGGACGCAGUGGCGGCAGGAAGCGGAGAAGAUCUGGUUUCAUCGACGAUGAUGCCGAGGAGGUUGACGAGGACGAGGAGGAAGAGGAUGACGAUGACGAGGAUUUCGAUGGCCGAGGUGGUCGCAGGCGUCAGUAUAAGAAGGUUUCUGCUUCCAAUUUUUUCGACGAGGAGGCUGUGGUCGAUAGUGAUGAAGAGGAGGAAGAGGAGGAAGGCGAAGAUGACUUCAUUGUUGAGGGUGGAGCUGAUCUACCAGAAGAAGAUGAUGGGAGAAGGAUGCGUAGUAGCCGUAUGCUGCCACAUCACCAAGAAGAUCAUGAAGAUCUUGAAGCUAUGGCCAGAAGCAUUCAGGAAAGAUAUGGAAGGCGAGUAACAGAUUAUUCUGAAGAAACAACAGAUGUUGAACAACAAGCACUUUUGCCAUCUGUGAGAGAUCCAAAGCUGUGGAUGGUCAAAUGUGCGAUUGGUCGUGAGCGAGAAACAGCUGUUUGCCUCAUGCAAAAGUACAUAGAUAAGGGGUCUGAAUUGCAAAUCAGAUCAGCUAUUGCUCUUGAUCAUCUAAAAAAUUAUAUAUAUGUGGAAGCAGAUAAAGAGGCUCAUGUUAGAGAGGCUUGCAAAGGUCAGCGCAAUAUAUUUGGCCAAAAAAUAACGCUUGUUCCUAUCAGAGAAAUGACUGAUGUUCUGUCAGUUGAAAGCAAGGCAAUUGACCUUGCCAGAGAUACAUGGGUCAGAAUGAAGAUUGGGACUUACAAAGGGGAUCUUGCCAAAGUAGUGGAUGUUGAUAAUGUGCGGCAGAGAGUUACUGUGAAACUAAUUCCAAGGGUAGACUUACAGGCCCUUGCAAACAAAUUGGAAGGUAGGGAAGUUGUGAAAAAGAAGGCUUUUGUUCCUCCUCCUCGAUUUAUGAAUGUCGAUGAAGCAAGGGAACUGCAUAUUCGUGUGGAGCAUAGACGUGAUGCAUAUGGGGAAAGAUUUGAUGCGAUUGGCGGCAUGAUGUUCAAAGAUGGAUUCUUAUACAAAACUGUAUCAAUAAAAUCCAUUAGUGCUCAGAACAUCAAACCUACUUUUGAUGAGCUUGAAAAAUUUCGUAAACCGGGUGAGAGUGGUGAUGGUGAUGUUGCUAGUUUGUCAACUUUGUUUGCAAACAGAAAGAAAGGGCAUUUUAUGAAAGGUGAUGCUGUCAUUAUUGUCAAGGGCGACUUAAAGAACUUGAAGGGGUGGGUAGAGAAAGUUGAUGAAGAUAAUGUUCAUAUAAGACCAGAAAUUAAGGGUCUUCCGAAAACUCUCGCAGUGAAUGAAAAGGAACUUUGUAAAUAUUUUGAACCUGGAAAUCAUGUCAAGGUUGUUACUGGUGCUCAAGAGGGUGCUACUGGAAUGGUUGUGAAGGUGGAGCAACAUGUCUUGAUCUUGAUAUCUGAUACAACAAAAGAGCAUAUCCGUGUAUUUGCUGAUGAUGUUGUUGAAAGUUCUGAAGUGACCACUGGAGUUACAAGAAUCGGGGACUAUGAACUUCGAGAUCUUGUAUUGCUAGAUAAUUUAAGCUUUGGCGUGAUAAUACGUGUAGAAAGUGAAGCAUUUCAGGUUCUUAAAGGGGUUCCUGACAGACCUGAAGUUGUGCUUGUUAAAUUAAGAGAGAUCAAGUGUAAGAUAGAGAAGAAAAUAAGUGUGCAGGAUAGGUUUAAGAAUACGGUAUCAUCAAAGGAUGUUGUGCGGAUUGUUGAUGGUCCGUGCAAAGGAAAACAAGGUCCUGUGGAGCACAUAUAUAGAGGAAUCCUGUUCAUCUUUGAUCGCCAUCAUCUUGAACAUGCAGGCUUUAUAUGUGCAAAGGCCCAAUCUUGUGUAGUUGUGGGAGGCUCACGCUCCAAUGGUGACCGAAAUGGUGAUGCCUACUCAAGAUUUUCCAGCCUUAGGAGUCCACAUCGUAUUCCACCAUCUCCAAGAAGAUUUUCUCGAGGAGGGCCUCCAGUUAAUUCUGGAGGGAGGCAUAGGGGCGGUAGGGGGGGACAUGAUGGUCUGGCAGGUGCAACUGUUAAAGUACGCCAGGGUCCUUAUAAAGGUUAUCGUGGCCGUGUUAUAGAAGAUAAAGGGGCAUCUGUUCGUGUUGAAUUGGAAUCCCAAAUGAAGGUUGUGACAGUUGACCGCAACCAUAUAUCUGACAAUGUGGCUGUAACCCCAUAUCGGGACACGUCUCGCUAUGGGAUGGGAAGUGAAACCCCUAUGCAUCCUUCUCGAACUCCCUUACAUCCGUAUAUGACUCCUAUGAGAGAUCCUGGAGCUACACCUAUUCAUGAUGGAAUGAGGACACCUAUGCGUGACCGAGCAUGGAAUCCUUAUACUCCAAUGAGUCCUCCAAGGGAUAACUGGGAAGAUGGAAAUCCAGGCUCUUGGGGAACCAGUCCACAGUACCAGCCAGGAAGCCCCCCUUCACGGCCGUAUGAAGCACCAACUCCUGGUGCUGGUUGGGCGAGCACUCCUGGUGGUAAUUAUAGCGAGGCUGGGACACCACGGGACAGUUCUGCUUAUGUAAAUGCUCCAAGCCCAUAUUUACCAUCAACACCUGGUGGGCAGCCAAUGACACCAAAUUCGGCAUCUUAUCUUCCUGGCACCCCUGGUGGACAGCCUAUGACUCCAGGCACUGGUGGUCUGGACAUGAUGUCUCCAGUUUUAGGUGGAGUACACGAAGGGCCAUGGUUCAUGCCAGACAUAUUAGUCAAUGUACACAGAGCAGGAGAGGAAUCUGUUGGAAUUAUAAGAGAGGUUCUUCCGGAUGGCUCUUACAAGGUUGCUCUUGGUUCUAGUGGAAAUGGUGAAACGAUAACAGCCAUUCCUAAUGAAAUGGAGGCUGUGGUACCAAGAAAAUCAGACAAAAUUAAAAUUAUGGAUGGGGCAUUGCGUGGUGCCACUGGCAAAUUAAUUGGUGUAGAUGGUACUGAUGGAAUUGUAAAGGUAGAUGACACGUUGGAUGUCAAGAUUUUAGAUCUAGUUAUUUUGGCUAAAUUAGCUCAACCUUGAUAAGCUUUUUGUAGAAAAAUUACUUAAUUCAUAUCUUUUUUCUCAACCGUUACGAGUGCUUCCUCUGUCCAACUAUAAUACCCUUCGAGCUCCUUCGUCUGACCAGCUUGGUUGAUUGAACUUUUCCACUACCGAUAAUGAGAUAUUUGCAUCAAUAAGUACCGCUAUAAAAAAUUUUCUUACAAUAGGGUGACCCGAAAUAACGGAUAGAAUAGCAGUCAUCAAUUUGGAUCACACAUCUAGUAAACCGACUUUGUACUUCCUCCUGCGAAGGAUUGUCUGAACAUGAAAGAAACAUGUAUUUCUGUCCCCGUUUUUCAGGCGGCUUAAAAUGGUUCUGUAUAUUUGUUUCAAAUAAAAUAGGGCUAGAAAAUGGUGCCUCAUACCGUG